AUGACUAAAUCAAUGUCUUGGAUUUCAGCAGUAAUUGCAUCUGCUUUUUGUUGGGCUAGUGCAGACACUGCUUUUGACGUCAUUUUGGAUAGUUAAGAAUCUGAUUUGCCAUAAAAGAAAUAAUAAUUACCAUAAAGUACUCAUCUCACUCAUUCAUAAACAAUGUUAUUAUGUGCAUUAACAACUUAUAUUAUUGUAAUAUUCAUAUAGAUACUUAGAUAUUUUUAUACUUUAUUUAUAUUGAAUUGAUUGGACCUUAAUAUUAAGAAUUAGUAGGCAAUUACUCAGUUUUUGGAUCCAUUUAAUCUUUGCCUCUUUUGAUUAUAAGUGGAAUAUUCUCUUAUUAUCAUUAUCAUUAUAUUAUUAGGGCAUUUGAGAAUUCAUCUAGUACAGUUAUAUUACCAUUUUUAUAAGUAUUUAGAUAUAUAAAUAUUAGUUUUCUUCAAUAUUUGCAUUCCUUUUUUCAAUACUUUAAAACUAUUUAUCCAAUAGACCUUAUUUAUCCAGUUAUUUACAUUUAUUAGCCUAUUUUCUUAUUCUUCUUGGUGGUUUAGCCCCAGCUACUGAUGGACAUUUGAUAAAAAUAUUCCAAUUCAAAUUUUGGUCUUAACCAUUUGUUAAAUUUGCUAUUAUUUCAGAUAUGUCACAUGCAAUAUACACAAAUAUUAUAAGCUUUGUAGGUAAAGGAGAAGGAGAAGGAUUAUAAUAUAAUAUAUAUGGUAACAUGGAGUUCUUCAUUCUUACAAGAAUUAUGUUUGUUAUUAUAUAAACAACUAAAUUAAAUUUCAAUAAAUAAAUGUAAAUAGAAAUGAUUUAAUUGUUUAACAAACCAAAAAAUCUAAUAGUUGGCACUAUCAUAGGAGAAAUUAUGACAUUAUUUGGAUAUUUUAGUUCUGUCUAUGCAUAUUAAACAUAUUAUUAAGUAAAAAAAUGAAGUAUACGUUUUAGGCAGGAGUUGUCAGUGCAAGUGAAUCUUCAUUAAAUUUAAUUAUUAAUUUAUUUUUAGCAUAUUUGCUUAAAAAAUACUUAAAUAUUGGAAAAUAAGCAUCAUUACAUAAUUUAGGAUUGAAAAUUGUAUCAUGUGUAACAAUAAGUAUAGGAUUAACAAUUGCUACAAUAUGA